AGGCGGAGCCUGGGAUCAGGGACGGCGGCCGCGCAGGAGAACUGUUCAAUGUCAGAAGAGCAAAGCAAAGGUAUCAUGGCAAUUGAUGAACUUCAAGCAAUUGUUCAAAGAUGUCAAAUUCUGGAAGAAAAACAUUUCAGAGCAGAAGAUUUUAAUCUUUUUCAAGUAGCGGGCCAGAAGUGUUUAGAAGAAGGGUAUGCUGCCCAGUUAUUAGAAGUAAUUCAAAAUGAAAAAAAUAAGGUUAUUGUCAAGAAUAUGGGUUGGAAUCUUGUUUGCCCUCUUGUCAGAUGUAUUUUGAGUUAUCAGCAGGAAGAUGAUAAGAGAGAACGCUGCCUGAAAAUAUUAGAUCGAUUGGUGCAGCUUAGUAACCCAAAGGAGCUUUUAUUGGGUUUACUUGAGCAAAUUGAGCAAACAUCUGGGGAACAGAUAUCUGAAACUAUUAUGCUGUUGCUUCAACCUCUACAGACAGUGAUAUUGAAACUUCAUGGCAAGAAAUCAUACUCAGUAGGACUAUCAUUGUCUACAAUUUUAAAUCGGCUGUCUCUCCUACCUGUACCUUACACAAAAGACCAAAUACAAGAAGAUAAGCUUCAUCUCUGCCAGUGUUGCAAUGCAGUAGUGGAUUUUACUAAACCCUUUGUGGAUGAAGUUGUUAAAAAUAUGAAAACAUCAGAAAGUGGUGAGAGAGAGCUGAAGGAAGAAUUGCUUAAAUUUUGUUUGAAAAGCUUGAAAUACCCCUUAUUAACAGCACAGCUUGAUCAGCUUGAAGACAUUGAAGAACAUCCCUUAAGGCAUUUUGCAGCUGAAAUUAUAGGCAUUUUAUUGGAUAUAGGAGAAUUCAUACCAGCAGUAUUUUCACAUGGAAGCCACAAUCAGAACUGGGAUAAUAAUGAAUUUUUGGAUAUAGAUAGAAAUGAUUCUGUGGAUUCUUUGGCAUGUCUAUCAUACCUGGUGUUUGUUCAGUAUAUUGGUAUUGAUUGCUUUCCAGUGAUCUUUAGUCCAUCCUAUCUUCUACAGUGUAACAUGUUACAUGUUGAAGUCCUAUUGAAAAGGACAGAAGAAUCCAUAUUGGCUAAAGGACUUGAUCUAUUUGAAAACUGUUUAUUGAGACUGGACAGUAAUAGUCUUCUGCACCAGUAUUUAGAAUUCAGGAACUUCAUUACAGCAUCACAGGAUUUGGUGAAAGUGAUGACCCUGUGCCCUAUAGAGGAUCUGAGAAAGAAGAGCUUAAAUGUAUUACAAUUAUAUAUAGACAAGUUUGACACAGAGGGAAAAUACACAUUAUUCAGGUGUUUACUAAAGACAAGUAACCAUGCUGGUGUAGAAGGAUAUGUUAUUCAGAAUAUAAAAAAUCAGAUUGAUUUGUCAUUAAAGAGAGGACAAGACAAUAAGUGGUUUACUGGACACCAGCUCGUUUCCCUUCUUGAUGAGGUGUUCUUUCUUCCUGAAGGUGCUGAAACCGAUCUUCUCCAAAGCUCAGAUAGGAUUAUGGCAGCACUAAAUCUACUGAGAUACUUAGUCAUUAAAGAUAAUGAACAUGACAAUCAAGAUAAAUUCUCUGCAAGGAUGAAAAAACAGGUGCAUUCCUUCCCGUAGGGGUAGCACAGUUUAGAAUGCAUACCAUUCAGAUUUUGCAGAUUUAUAUGUUGCUCUGGCCGUGGGCAGGGUUUUUGCACUUGCGUGUUUUUGACAAAUACAUGCUAUGUUUAAUCCAUUUAAUCUUUAUUUUUGGAGGUGGGGUGGUUUAACCAUUUCACUUUUUAAUAGUAAUCCAGGGUGUAUUUCAGUACUGUUGAUAGGAAUUUUAAGGGUUUCUUUUACUUUAUCGCGUGCUAGAUUCUAGCUGUUUACAAUUUUAUAUGAGCAGCAGUAAUUUUUAAUCGGAUUCACUUGAAAGUAGGAUUAUAGAAUGUUGAAAAUGUCAUUAAUUUUAAGCAUUUAGCAGAAUUUCCUUGUCUUUCUUUUUUAUCCCCCCAUCUUUUUCCUUAUCUGAAGCAGUGCAUCUGUGGUUGGUAGUAUUAUUUCAGAUCAGUGUGGGCCAUGUUUAUUAUUCAACUGUUGUAGUGAAUUUUCAGUGUAAUUUUUAUGAUCAGUUUUUUUCGUGUGUGCAGUCACUCCCAUGCAGCUGCACUUAGAUGGACAAAUGCUCUUAGAUAACCAAGACAAGGGAGCAAUUUAUAUUUUAAUUUCACAACUGGCUAAACAUCAGGGUUGCAUUUCCAGCAAUAGACCUAUAAUUUCUUUCAGUGCUGUAGCCUGCAUAACUGAGCUACAGUACUGAAGAUUGAAGAGCUCUUGUGAUUUUUACAUAUCUGAUUUUCUGACUGCACUCCAGUACUGAGAGGCUAUUUAUCCCAGUAAUAAAUGCAAGUUAUAUUGGCUCUCUGUUUCCUAAGUCACUGAACACUAAUAUUCCCCUAAUUCAUACAGUUUUAUAGCUUUCUAUCAGCCACCAGUAUCAUCUCAUCUCCUUGAUUAUUUGUUUCAGUGUUUUUAUUAGAAAGUGUUUUAAAGAGAAAUAAAAUGGAAAAAAUAAUUUUGCUUUUCAUUUUAAAGGAAUUGAUCUAAACAUUCUCUAACUAGUAUGGGUGACAUCAUGGUCUAGCUGAUAUGACAGCUGCCUGAUUAAUCAGAAGAUUUGUUCUUUUCCAGUUUUAUCUUUUGAUUUGAUUUGCAAUAUUGUACAGAUUAUCUGUGUCAUUUUCUUUGUAUUCAGAAUGUAGAAUAUAAUUCUUACUCACUUCUCUAAAAUACUUUGAGAUCUCUUGUAAGUAAUAUAUAAGUGCUUAGAAUUAUUACUAGCUUAGGUAGAGUGAAGAAUAAAUAUAAACUUAAAUUCAAAUAGUUGUAGUGACCAACACUGACAAGACAGUAACUAAAUUAAGUAGUAUAAAUAGCUAUCAAUUGAUGCACUUUAGCUUAAUAAUUAUGUAAUUAAACAUGAUUAAUAGUGGUUACAUCCUUUUCUCAUAUUUCUGGAACAAUUCCUGUGUAAGUAUCUGUAACAGUUCUGCUCCAUUGAGGGGUAAGUUUCAUAAUGCUUAGCUUUGUAAGGGAAGAGAGAAUCCCUGUUUGAUUUCAAUUAUGCUGCUGUAUAUAGAUUCCAUCAUUAGAUGUAAAUAGUGCUGUCUAGUGUCUGGCAUAAACAAUGUCCCUGUGUUCAGUAUGAGAAGAACACAGAAUAAUCUGUCUUGAAUUUUUCUCUAAAUUGCCAGCUCUGUCAGUUUUUCUUGACUUUUCUUUCUAUUCUCAGCUUGGACCGUAGUUGAGGGGAAGUGCUUGCUUCCCUGCAAGUUCAGAUGUUUCCAUGUAUAAUCUUCCAGCUGUUCCACUAAAUAUUAAGAAUGAUAUAUCUGUAUGUCUGUGAUUUUUUAGAGAUGGAUACCCAAAAGGGGGAAAGUGCGGGAAAGGGCAAAAGUGCAUAAAGACUUAAUGAUGUGGGAUUAAUUUACUACUUAAAAUUUGUAAUGUAGGUCUUAGAAAAAUAGUUUGGAAUGAUAAAAAGAACCUAUGCCAAAUUACAUGAAAAAGUACUACUACUUCUUUCCUCAUUUGUCCUGUCUAAACAGGGUUGCUUUUGCAGAUCCUGGCUGUCCUCUCGCUUUGGUCAUACAAAUCUUCUUCCAACUCCUCCUCUCUCAUGUUCCUCUCCACUAUCCCUCUCCAGCUCAUCUUCAGUCUUCCUCUUCCCUUUCUCCCUAGUA